AUGGACGAGGCAGCAGAGGCGAAGCGGCUCCAGGCGCGCUCGCCAGAGCCUCCGCCGUACGAGGUCCCAGCUUAUCCCAGGCGACCGCGCCAUCGCCGGCCCUUUGCGCGGAGCAUUGUGUCGAUCAGGACGGGCCUGAGCUUCGUGGUUGCCGCAUCCGUGCUCUGGCUGUGUUAUGCGGUCGAUCGCCAGUACCGGACUCGGCCUCACGACGAUGGCGAGGCGUCGUCGCAGCUACUGCAGCGCUAUGAGGAAGCACUGGCGCAGUGUCGCGAACUGGGGAGGAUCCCUGGCCGGCCUCAGCCUGGGUCUCGACGGAGCAACCCCCGAUGGAUGCCGACCAAUGGGCAGGCUGCAACGAUUGUGUUGAAGAAUGCAACCCUGUUCGACGGCGAGGCCAUUCUUCCCUACGCCGCGGACAUUGUCUUUUCCAAGGGUCUGGUUGAAGCCGUACACAAGACAGCGGACAAUGUGGCCAUUGUGGGCGAUGGCGUCGUAGAAUUGGACGUCCAGGGCCGAUAUGUCACGCCCGGCCUUGUGGACAUGCAUUCUCAUCACUUCCUCACGUCUUGGCCGGGUACGCAAGUGGGCGACGACACCAAUGAAAUCAACCCGGACACUAAAGCUUUCACCCCCAUGGUGCGUGUGCUCGAUGCUCUGAAGCCCUACGACGAAGCCGCCACGUUGAUUCUCUCGGGAGGCGUCACGUCUUCGCUCAUCAUUCCCGGCUCAGCAAACCUCAUUGCCGGCGAGGGCGUCCCCGUCAAGAACGCGCUCUAUUCCGGAGAGCAUUCUGAGCCUGUCGUCGAGGAUCUGCUUCUCGAGCGGGGAGUGCCUUCAAGCGAACGCCGCCGGUACAUGAAGUUUGCGUUUGGCGAGAAUCCAAAGGACGUCUGGGGUUAUACGCGUCUAGGCAACGGCUGGCACCUGCGAGAACAUCUGCAGAAAGCCAAAGAGCUGAAAGAAAAGCAGGACGAUUACUGUGCGGCCAUCCGGGAGAGCCGCCACUGGCACGAUGGCCGCAAGGCCGACUUCAUCCGCCAUGCUGGCAAGUUUCCAUUCCAGCUGGAACUGGAGUCGACUGUUGCCAUCCUUCGGGGGCAAGUCAUCGUGCAGAACCACAAUUAUGAGCCCGAGGACUUGGAGACCAUGCUUCGGAUAAGCCACGAGUUUGGCUACCGGGUUGCAGGAUUUCAUCAUGCCACUGAGGCCUGGCAAGUGCCAAAUCUGCUCAAGGAGGAGGGGGACAACGUUACGGUUGCGAUCUUUGCAGAGUUCAGCCUGUACAAGCAGGAGGCGUACUCCCCCAACUUGUACGCGGGUCACAUUCUCGAUAAGAACGGGAUCCCCGUGGCCUACAAGUCUGACCAUGUCAUUGGCAUGACGAGUGCCAAGUAUCUGGCUUCUCAGGCAGCAAUAGCGUAUGCCUUCAAGCUUCCGGAAGAGAAGGCCCUUCAGUCAAUCACUUCUGUUCCUGCAAAGGCAAUUGAUCUGGAUUUCCGGAUAGGAUACUGCAGACCCGGGUACGACGCAGACAUUGUGGUAUGGGACUCCCACCCUCUAUCAAGUGGCGCAACGCCUCUGCAGGUCUUCAUCGACGGCGAAGCCCAGCUCGACGAGUCACAAGUCAAGCAAAGCAUGGGGACGACAUUUACGGCAGCUCGUACUGGAGAGGAAGCUCCCGUUAUCAAGCCACAGACGCGGUACGAGGUCGAGGAUGAGCAGAGAGAAUCAAUAUGCUCUCGAGCUUAUGAAGCGGGCCAGAGCUUUGUCAUAGAUGGCAUCCAGAAAGCUUUCGUUGACAACUAUCCCGAGCUAGCAGCCUCUUUGGCGCAAGUUGACGAUGAGCCUCUCAAGCUCAUCGUCGAGGACGGAGAGAUCUCAUGCUUGGGCUCAGCUGCCAUGUGCGCAGGGGUUGAAAGCGAGGUCGAGGCCAAGGGGAAGAAGGCUCUUCGCCUGUCCCUGCAAAACGGCCAUGUCCUACCAGGUUUGACAGGCCUUACCAGAGCCAUGGGUUUGACCGAGAUCGCCACGUUAGACGGCACCGGCGACGGCCCCGUAUCGGACCAGAAGAUCGGCGACCCUGAUAGCCUGACCUACGCAAAGUACGGACUGUGGCUCGACGGCAAGGAGUUUGCGAGAGCCCGUCUGGGGGGCGUCACCAGAGCAAUUUCUCCCCCGCUAGGAGACCCGUCGGGCUUCGUCCACGGCGUCAGCGUAGAGUUUGUCACCAGCGGCAAGAAGAGCCUUACAAACGGGGGCAUUGUUCAAGGCGAUGUGGCUCUGCAUCUGAACCUUGGCGACGACACCAAGUCCUCCGAAGGCUCGGUCAGCAAUGGCAUUCGCAAUCUGCGCAAGAUGCUGGAGGAUGGCAAGGGCAAGCAUAACGAGACGGUGUAUGGGCGAGUGGCGGCGGGCGACUUGCCUCUCGUCGUGCACUGCAACAACAAGUACGACAUGGCUCAACUGUUACUUGUCAAGAAAGACUUUCCCGAGACCAACAUUGUGAUUCUCGGAGGCAAGGAAGCCCCAUAUGUAGCCAAAGAGCUGGCUGCUGCCAACAUCUCCGUGAUCCUAUCGGAGAAUCGGCCUGCCCCCGAUACUUUCCGUGAUAAGGAUGCAGUAGUCGGGCCUCCUCUUACGAGAAGCAUAGCCAGCUACCUAAAGGAGGCUGGUGUCACGUUUGCCUUGGCCAUCGUUGAAUCCGCAAUGCCGGUUGAUUAUCGCAUUCAUGACCUAGGUCCCGAGGCCGGAUGGGCGGCCAAGUAUGCGCAUCUCAGCCAGGAAGAGGCCGUCCGUCUCGUGACGUCCAAUGUCGAGUCGAUUUUGGGUCUCGAGAAAAGCAAGGACCUGGUUGUGUUUGAGGGCAACCCGCUCAACUUUGGAGCUUCUGUGGUGGUGUCGUUCCAUGCUGAUGGGGAGAGUGGCAAGCUGGAGGUUUCUACUUGCUUCCCUAGGGAGGAUGAACAUGGAAGCAGGUUGUCAAAUUAG